AUGGCGGAGCACCUCCUCUCGACGGCCGUGCACGACACCCUGCCGGGGAACUACAUCCGGCCGGAGCCGCAGCGCCCUCGCCUCGCCGAGGUCGUCACCGGCGCGCGCAUCCCUGUCGUCGACCUAGGGAGCCCCGACCGCGCCGCGGUUGUCGCCGCCAUCGGCGACGCCUGCCGCUCGCACGGCUUCUUCCAGGUCCUCAACCAUGGGAUACAUGCCGACUUGAUUGCGUCGGUGAUGGCCGUGGGGCGCGACUUCUUCCGGUUGCCGCCGGAGGAGAAGGCCAAGCUGUACUCCGACGACCCGACCAGGAAGAUACGGCUGUCCACGAGCUUCAACGUGCGCAAGGAGACGGUGCACAACUGGCGCGACUACCUCCGGCUGCACUGCCAUCCCCUCCACGAGUUCGUGCCCGAUUGGCCGUCCAACCCGCCCGAUUUCAAGGACACCAUGAGCACGUACUGCAAGGAAGUCCGGGAGCUCGGGUUCAGGCUAUACGCUGCGAUCUCGGAGAGCCUGGGUCUAGAGGCGAGCUACAUGAAGGAGACGCUGGGCCAGCAGGAGCAGCACAUGGCAGUCAACUUCUACCCGCCGUGCCCGGAGCCCGAGCUCACCUACGGCCUCCCGGCGCACACCGAUCCCAACGCGCUUACCAUCCUGCUCAUGGACCAGGACGUCGCCGGCCUGCAGGUGCUCCACGGCGGCAAGUGGGUCGCCGUCAACCCGCAGCCCGGCGCGCUCAUCAUCAACAUCGGCGACCAGCUGCAGGCGCUGAGCAACGGGCAGUACCGGAGUGUGUGGCACCGCGCGGUGGUGAACUCGGACCGGGAGCGGAUGUCGGUGGCGUCGUUCCUGUGCCCGUGCAACCACGUCGUGCUCGGCCCCGCGCAGAAGCUCGUCACGGAGGACACCCCGGCCGUGUACAGGAACUACACGUACGACGAGUACUACAAGAAGUUCUGGAGCAGGAACCUGGACCAGGAGCACUGCCUGGAGCUGUUCAGAACCUAG